GGACCAUGAUUGCCGAAGGACCUGGCCCGCGUGCCCGGUUGUACAGCCCUGUGUUCGGGGUCUGGGCGGCAACGCUUCUCCUGAUGGGUCUACCGUGCCUCUUGGUGCGGGCGGAUGGGAAGCUGUUUGUGCUGGAGUCUCAGAAUGGCUCUCAGGGUCUGGACCUGGAGGCCGCUCGGCUGUCCUGCAAGAGCAGGGGUGCUCACUUGGUUUCCGCUGAUGAGCUGCGGAAGGUGGUCCAGGAUUGUGCCUUCGCAGUGUGUACCACAGGCUGGCUGGCAGACGGCACCCUUGGGACAACUGUGUGUAGCAAAGGGAGUGGUGAACAGCAAAUCCUAAGAGCUGUCGAUGUGCGAGUUGAAAGCAACCCAGUUCCUGGUGGCAUGUAUAAUGCCCUUUGUAUUAAGGAUGAAGAGAAGCCGUGUGGAGACCCACCUUCGUUUCCCCACACCGUUCUGCAGAGCCGCACUGGCGUGGAGAUGGGGGAUGAGGUGCUGUAUGUGUGCGCCCCCGGCCACAUCACGGGCCAUCGGGAAACCGCCUUCACCUUGCUCUGUAACAGCUGUGGAGAGUGGUAUGGGCUGGUGCAGGCCUGUGGGAAAGAUGAGGCUGAGGCACAUAUUGACUAUGAAGAUAACUUCCCUGAUGACAGAUCCGUGUCAUUCAGAGAGCUCAUGGAGGAUUCCCGGACAGAGGCGGAAGAGGACAGGGGUCAGGAAAAAGGCUCUGAGGAGGCUCCCAAACAGGACCGUCUGCUCUCCAUUUCUCUGGGGAGAGAAGGCAUAGCUCAGGGUAAAGCCUUCAUGCUGACCACAGGUUUGCCCGGUGCCAGCAGCAGCAGCCCCGCAGACUUGCCAGAAUCUCGACUGAACCAGAAGUACCUGUUCUGGUUUCCUGCUGAGACCUUCCAUAAGCCUGAGCUGGAAAAGGAGGUAGAUGAUAAUAGCAAAAAGCAGUUUCCUUCUGGAGACAACCACAGUGGCAUAAAAUUUGUCCCAGGUAAACCUGAAACCAAGGUGAUCUAUAGCAGCACUGAUGGCCCCUCGGGGCCCUUUCUGGGCAGGAAUGACAGCAAGGCAGGGGGUACAGCGGUGCGCAGCACCGACGGGUCCUGGUUAGAUGGCUACCCGGUGACAGAUGGCACUGGGAGAAAGACAGAGGCAGAAGAGGAAGAAGAUGGGGACAAGGGGGAUGGUUCAGUAGGACUGGAAGAAACAGUGCCAGUCACCGCUGGUCAGCCCGUUCUCGUGGAAGUUAAGAAGCCCAGGAGUACCACCCUCACACCACACAAGGACAUGGCCUCUAGCUCUGUUCUUCCAUCCCAAAUGCUGGAUGUGGAGGCUUUGGCUCUCAGACCCAUGAAUGUGUCUGAGACUGAGGGUCCCCACACUGUGGAUGGUGACUUGACCAACUACCAGUCAACUGUGCUGUGGAGAUUCACCACAGAGAAGUCUCCCAUGGCCACCCUACCCUAUGAACUCACCAACUCUACCCUGGAGACAUUAACAAGUGCUGUCCAGCAGAUGCCUAACAACAUCCCCUCAACAGUCACGGUGGCCACCCAACCUCCAGCGGAGACCACAGCUCCCGAGGUCCAGGACAGCUUCCCAUACCUGCUGUCUGAAGACUUUUUAGGACAAGAAGGUCCCGGGCCAGGUGCAAAUGAGGAGCUUUUUCCAACCUUGGGGCCAUGUGUGGGGGGCCAAUGUCCCAGCCUCAGUAGAGGCCCCAUGAUUGCCACUGUCGUCACUGUCACUGUCCUGCUGCUGCUCCUAGCAGGUGUCGGGGCAGUGUGGGGUUACCGCAAAUGCCAGCACAAGAGCUCUGUAUACAAGCUGAAUGUUGGCCAGCGGCAGGCUCGGCACUACCACCAGCAGAUUGAGAUGGAGAAGGUCUAGCCACCUACGAGGUGGGCUGUCCCAGAGCCACUGGGAGG